AUGGGACAACCACUCCACCAUCAUUCUGAAUAUAUGGAGUGGUACCGUCGAGCUGGUAGACGUUGGAUCUCAAUAAGUGGAGCUGCUAUUGGUUGUGUGGAGGACGCAAUUGAGGAUUGUUUGAUAAAAUUACAAAAUCCAUCAACACAAAACGUGGCAGAAGUUAAGCGUACAUUAAGAAAAAUGAUGAUUGCUCUGGAACAAGAAAGUAGGCUUUGCCAAAUGCCACCUCCUCAGUCUGCACCUCAAGCAGCAACUUUUAAUGAUGAAUUGGAAGAGGACCAACCCAUCAACCAACCUGGCCCCUCACGUAGACCAGCACGACGUCAAUCACGUCCUCCUCGACGUCGUCAACAUCAAAUGCGUCAAUCCUCUCCACCUGAUGAUGUUAUGCCCCCACUGCCGAUUUCACCCUUUCGCAUGGCAUCGGCGCCGUCCUAUUCCCUUAGCUCUCGCACCGGCUCAUCCUAG